GCUCGGAGCUCGAGAGAGUACAUGUGCGUGAUUGCCGCCAUUGUGGACGAGGAUAACCGCAACGUAUUUAGGCAAAAACGCUAAAGUUAGCGUUGAAGAAAGUCUAAAACAACGUCGUCCUUGAUCCUAAUGCCGUAAACAUGCCGACAUAUUUUCAAAGGCCAGAAAAUGCCCUAAAACGGGCUAAUGAGUUCAUCGAUGUGGGCAAGAAGCAGAGGGCUUUGGAUGCUCUGUACGAUGUCAUCAAGAGCAAGAAACAUCGGACAUGGCAGAAGAUCCAUGAGCCCAUCAUGGAGAAGUACCUGGAGCUGUGCGUGGAGCUCAGGAAGAGCCAUGUUGCGAAAGAAGGCUUGUAUCAAUACAAGAAUAUCUGCCAGCAGGUCAACAUCCAGUCACUUGUUGAUGUGGUGAGGAAGUAUAUCUCCCUGGCAGAGGAACAGACAGAAUUGGCUCGGAAGGAGUCCCACCAGACUGUACUCGACAUUGAUGACCUUGACCUCCCGGACUCCCCAGAAAGUUUGCUGCUGAAGGCGGUCAGUGGAGAAGAUACACAGGAUCGAACUGACCGCGCCAUUCUAACACCAUGGGUCAAGUUUCUCUGGGAGUCCUACAGACAAUGCCUGGACCUGCUCCGAAACAACUGUCGAGUGGAGCGACUGUACCAGGACAUUGCUCAGCAAGCUUUCAAGUUCUGUUUGAAGUACGCCCGAAAGACUGAGUUCCGAAAACUAUGCGACAAUUUGCGUACCCAUCUGGGCCAUAUCCACAAACACCAGCACCAGCAGACUGCCAUCAAUCUCAACAACCCUGAUUCCCAGGCCAUGCACCUGGAAACCAGGCUCGAACAGCUCAACAGUGCCAUCAACAUGGAACUCUGGCAGGAAGCGUUCAAGGCAGUGGAGGACAUCCAUGGACUAAUCAUUCUGUCCAAGAAGUCCCCCAAGCCUUCCCUGAUGGCGAACUACCUGCAGAAGUUUGGCCUGGUGUUCUGGAAGUCUGGCAAUCACCUGUUCCAUGCCUGCACCUUGCAUCGCAUCUUUCACCUGUCUCGGGAGCAGAGGAAGAACCUCACUACAGAGGAGCUACAGAAAAUGGCUUCUCGUGUUGUGUGUGCUACUCUGGCAAUCCCCAUCGCCACCUCACGCAACACAAUGGGACAGCUCCUUGAGAUGGAUGAAUCUGUGAUGGAGAAACAGCGACGACUUGCAACAUUGCUCAUGUUGCCUGGCCCACCCACUCGUCAGGCCCUGAUCAAGGAUCUGAUGAAGUACAAUGUGACACAAUAUGUCCAUCCGGAGCUCCAGAACCUCUACCGCUACCUGGAGGUGGACUUCCAUCCCCUCAGUCUGGUGCAAAGGGUCACACCCUGUCUGGAGUUCAUUGGGAAAACCGAAGAACUGAGCUGUUAUAACCCAGCCCUUGAAGACAUUGUCAUCACCAGAGUGCUCAAACAGGUGUCGCAGGUGUACCAGACUGUUGAAUUUUCUCGCUUUGCUUCACUUGUCCCAUUUGCAACCAAGUUCCGUUUGGAAAGAAUAAUUGUGAACGCUGCCAAGAACCUGGAACUGCAGGUGCGGAUUUGUCACAGCACACGGUCGCUGAGUUUUGGAACCAAUCUUGGUGUGUCACAGAAGGAAGAUGUACCCGAGGGCCCAUUCAUACAGAGAAUGCCCAGCGAAAACAUCCGGAACCAGUUGACAUCACUGGCUGCUGCCCUUCAGAUAGCUAUGGACAAGAUCAAGCCCGAGAAUAUUGAUGAGACCAAUGAGCUGCGGGCCCAGAUCGUCAACAACUACAGGAUGACCGGGCGGAAGGAGCACAUGCGACUAUUGCAACGGCGCCAGAUCAUUGAGGACAGGAAGGAGCAGCUGGAACACAUGAAUGAUCAGAGGGAGAAGGAGGAAAUGGAGCAGGUGGAGUCACAGCGCCGCAAGGCGUCCGAGGCGGAGAUGGCUCGUCUGGAGCGUGAGGCGGAGGAGAGAAAGAAGCAGCGGCAGUUAAUGGAGCACCAGGAAAUCAAACGCAAACAUGUUAAGGAGAGGAUCGAACAGCUGAGGAAGACGGACCUUGGGGCCAGGAUCUUCAAGGAUAUUGAUGAGGAGGAGUUUGCGGAGCUGGAUGUGGAUGAGAUCAUGGCCAAGCAGGUGGAGCAGCUGGAAAAGGAGAAGAAGGAGCUGCAGGAGCGACUCAAGACUCAGGAGAAGAAGGUGGACUUCCACCAGAGGGCGUUGCGUCUGUCGGAAAUCCCACUUCUGCAGCAGCAGUACAUGAAUGAAAGCAUCCAGGCUAAGGACUUCUGGGAACAUCAGGAAGUGGAGAGGAUUGAAGCUUUGAAGAAAGAAAGACAUCAUGCCUUGGAGACCCAGAAAAGACUUAGCCGAAUUAUGGACGACAAGAACGAAUUCCUCGGUCGCCUGAGGGACGCCAGGCGAUCAGACUACGAGGCAAACUUAAAGGACUUUGAGCAGAAAUUGGGAGAGGAACGAAAGCGACGUCUACUAGAACGCAAAGACCGUCGCAAGGAAGAGAGAAGGAGGAAAUGGAUUGAAGAAAAGGAAGAAGCAGUUCAGCGGGCCAAGGAUGAAGCCCUUAAGAGAGAACGUGAGGAGAAAGAGCAGCUGGAAAGGUUAAAGCGUGAGGAGGAAGAGCGCGAAUAUAACGAAAAGCUGGCGAAGCUGGAGGAGCAAGCUGAGAAACAGAGACAGCGUGAACGGGAAAUAGAGGAAAGGGAGGCCAAGCGACGACAGGAGGAGAGCAGCAAAGGUGACAGGGAACAUGCUGCACCACCUGAGUGGAGAAGGGGAGGUGAAGCUGAGGAAGAGAGGAAGGCGUGGCGCCCCAAUCCAAGUAAAGUCGGAUGGAGGGAGCGUGAAAAGGAACGAGAGCAGAGUUGGAACAGGCCAGGCAUGGAAGAUGGUCAGGAUGACAGGCCAUCAUGGCGUGAAAGAGGAGCAGCACCACCUCGGGAUGACUUCCGUGACUCGAAAGGACCUCCAUCUGAUGAAAAAGACUUCGGUGAUCGAGGGCCUCAAAGAGAUGACAGAGAUUUCCGUGACCGAGGGCCACCACGAGAGGAAAGAGACUUUGGUGAUAGAGGAGGGCCGAGAGACAGGUUCGGUGAUAGAGGUCCCCAAAGAGAUGACCGAUUCGGUGACCGUGAUGGACAAAGGGAAGAGAGAAGCUGGCGAGGUGGUCGAGACUCCCGAGACGAUAGAGGUGGUUGGGGCCGUGAUGGUGGCCAGAGUGAUAGAGCUCCAAUGCGAGAUGGCUGGAGGGAUCGAGCAGGUCACGAAGGGGGGAUGAGAGACCGACAAAGGGAAGACACUUGGAGUAGAGGAGGAGGUCGUGAUGAGCCUGGCUCAGACCGAGGCGGGGAUAGAGGGGCCUGGGGCAGAGACCGUGAGGACAGUUGGAGAUCCAAAGGUCCAUCUAGAGAUGACAGGGGAGGACCAAGUGAUGGGGGAGGGGCAUGGAGAAGGGAGGACCGAGGUGGAGACCGUGACUUCCGUCGCGGUGGGGAUAGUCGGGACUUCCGUCGUGGAGGUGACGAUCGAGACUUCCGCCGAGGGGGAGACGAUCGUGAUUUCCUCGCCGAGGGGGCGAUGAUCGUGACUUCCGCCGAGGAGGGGACGAUCGUGACUUCCGCCGUGGGGGUGAUGAUCGUGACUUCCGCCGUGGGGGUGAUGAUCGUGACUUCCGCCGCGGGGGUGAUGAUCGUGACUUCCGCCGUGGGGGUGAUGAUCGUGACUUCCGCCGUGGAGGUGACGACCGAGACUUUAGGCGUGGAGGAGAUGAUAGAGGUGGCGAGAAACCCCGGCGUCGUGAGGAUGCCCCUGCAGACAAAGAGGAAACAUGGAAGAGAGGAGGUGAAAAUCAUGCUCCACCAGCCAGGGAACGACAAAUGGAGAGCGGAGGUGGCCAAAAGGAGCAGGAGGAUGAUGGCUGGACGACAGUCAGAUACUGAAGAAGUGGACGAAAGAGUCUUCAUGCAAAAUCUGAAGAGGGCUGCAAAAACGUUGUAGAAAUGUUAAUAUUGAUGCAAUUGGAUGUUUUCCUUAACAUUUUAUGUGGGGGAAUUGGCUUUCUAUUGGAGUGGUGUUUAUGAGACGGUCAAUUGUGAAAUAAUUAGUUUGACUUAAUAUUUAACUCUGCAUCUGAAAGGUUUAAUGAUCAGACACGCUUGUUAACCAUCAUCAAUAUAUACUUGCAUAAAUAUAUGAUGUAUUAAGUGCUAAUUUGCCUCUCUGAUUUUUCCUUUUCAAAGAUUCUGGCAUUAUAUUGUCCUCAAGUCAUGAAUAUAUGUUAUCUGAAAAUUGGAAAGUAUAAAUAAAAUUAGUACAAUUAA